AUGUUUGGCGGGGUCAAGGACGGCCAUCUUGGAGGCGGCGCGGCGGCGGCGGCGGCGGCCGGUUGCCCCGGCGACGUCGGGUAUCCUGUGCUUGCGGGGGUCCUGCCCGGGGGCGGCCCGGCGGGGGCCAUGUGGCGGCUCCGGUGCAAAGCCAAGGACGGCACCCACGUCCUGCAGGGGCUGUCCAGCCGCACGCCGGUGCGGGAGCUGCAGGGCCAGAUCGCCGCCGUCACCGGCAUCGCCCCGCGCGGCCAGCGCAUCCUCGCAGGGUUCCCGCCCGAGUGCCUGGACCUCAGCGACGGAGACAUCACGCUGGGGGACCUGCCCUUGCAGUCGGGGGACAUGCUGAUUGUUGAAGAAGACCAAACCAGGACCCGAACUUCGCCCACUUUUACAAAACAUGGUGCUCCUAGCCUCGGGAGGGAAACACUGCCUGUGCUUGCCAGGAUCUCCGUUCCAGCCGACAACUCUUGCCUCUUCACUAGUGUGUACUAUGUCGUUGAAGGAGGGGUCUUGAAUCCAGCAUGUGCUCCAGAGAUGAGACGCCUCAUAGCACAAAUUGUAGCAAGUGAUCCAGGCUUCUAUAGUGAGGCAAUUCUGGGCAAAACAAACCAAGAAUACUGUGACUGGAUCAGGAGGGAUGAUACUUGGGGAGGAGCAAUUGAGAUAUCCAUUUUGUCUAAAUUUUACCAGUGUGAAAUAUGCGUAGUAGAUACACAGACCGUCAGGAUUGAUCGAUUUGGGGAAGAUGCAGGGUAUUCCAAGAGAGUCCUGCUUAUUUACGAUGGUAUUCACUAUGACCCACUUCAGCGUAACUUCCCUGACCCAGACACCCCUCCUCUGACCAUUUUCUCCACUAACGACGAUAUUGUUCUAGUACAAGCACUGGAGUUAGCAGAUGAAGCUAGAAGAAAGAGACAGUUUACUGACAUGAACCGCUUUACCUUGCGAUGCAUGGUAUGUCAGAAGGGAUUAACUGGACAAGCAGAAGCCAGGGACCAUGCCAAGGAGACAGGCCACACCAGUUUUGGGGAAGUGUGACCUCUGCCUUCCAAGGGUUGAAGCCUACCUCAGACCCAGAACCCGGAAGACUGGGUUCUCAAUAAGCUACUUGUAUUCCUAAAGAACAAAAGGACAGAAUGCUUGAACCAACCUUAAAACUUACACCACUAAGACACUGGCAUUCCUUGUUAAGAUUAAAAAUGAGUGUGCAAGUUUACAGAUGUGUCUACAGUGGUAAUACGUGCCCGCUAUCUGCUGGGGUGAAAGACAAUAGGUGGUGCUCUCUGACCCUGGACUGAAGAGUGUGUGGUAGUGUUAGAAACUAGCAGCUGGCAGCAUUCACUGUAGAAGAAAAUAGGUUCGUGUGGUGGGUAAUGUGGACAACCUCAUGUGAAGCCACUGGACGUGAAUGGCAGUGUCUCCAGUCAUUGGGUCUUUUUAAAAACUCCCGAGUUAAAACAUUCUAAAUUAUGAAUUGAUUCCUCAAAUGAAGAUACUGAGAGUUGUCAAAACUGAUUUCAGAUUGCCACUCGGUAGACUUUGUAAUGUAUAGUUGCGAAACAGAUUUUACAGGGAUGACUAUUCCUUGGGGGAAAAGGAAUUGAAACAUAGCUCAUAGUGCCUGACUUAGGAUUUCUCAUAUAUUAAAGCAGAGUAUAUGAGGGGAAAUGUGCCUAAGCAGCUUACUGAAGUUUUAGAA